AUGUCGACCGCCGCGGUUGAGGUCUCUCGACCUCACAGCAAUGAUGAAUCCGUCGAACAGGUCCACGUGACCGACGAGAAAUGCGCCAUGGAUAUGGAUAAGGAAGCUCUCUCCAAUACUCCUGAUGGCGAGGAGCCCACUGAUGAAGAGAAACGGACACUACGACAUAUUGCGGAGAACCUACCACUCUCAGCCUGGUUGGUUGCAACCGUUGAGCUGUGCGAACGUUUUACCUACUACGGAAUGAGCGGUUUGUUCCAAAACUAUGUGCUCCGUCCCCUGGAUGGUAGCCAGGGUCGUGGUGCCCUUGGCAUGGGUCACCAAGGUGCCACUGGUUUGACCACUUUCUUCCAAUUCUGGUGCUAUGUGACUCCCGUCAUUGGUGCCAUUGUCGCUGAUCAGUACCUCGGCAAGUACAAGGCGAUUGUCUUGUUCUGCGGUGUCUACCUCGUCGGUCUUUUGAUCCUUGUAUGCACUUCCAUUCCUGGUGCCCUGGAGCAUGGUGCAGGACUUGGCGGAUUCAUCGUGGCUAUUCUGGUCAUUGGUCUGGGCACAGGUGGUAUCAAGAGUAACGUGGCUCCUCUGAUUGCCGACCAGUAUAAACGCAAGAAGAUGGCUAUCACGACUACCAAGAAGGGUGAGCGUGUGGUCAUCGAUCCCGCCCUAACCAUUCAACGCAUCUACAUGAUCUUCUACGGUUGUAUCAACAUCGGUUCCCUGUCUCUGCUCGCCACUCCCUACAUGGAACUGUACAUCGGUUUCUGGUCUGCCUACCUGCUCUGCCUGUGCAUGUUUGCUGCGGGUACUGGUGUGUUGCUGUUGGGUCGCAAGUACUAUGUGGUGCGCCCCCCACAGGGCUCUAUCAUCACCAAUGCCUUCAAGGCCAUGUGGAUGAUGGUCAAGAACCGUGAUAUGAAUGCCCCCAAGCCUAGCUGGCAGGCUGAGCAUAACGGAUCAACGCAGUUGGUGUGGGACGACCACUUCAUCGAUGAACUCAAGCGUGCCUUGGUUGCAUGCCGUGUCUUCUGCUUCUACCCCAUCUACUGGGUCGUUUACGGCCAGUUCUCAGGCAACUUUGUAACGCAAGCAAGUCAGAUGAGCGGCCAUGGAAUUCCCAACGAUCUGAUGCAGAACUUUGACCCAAUCUCGAUCAUCGUCUUCAUCCCGCUGCUAGAGACUCUUCUCUACCCUCUGAUGCGCCGUAUGAAGAUUUCCUUCCGUCCUAUCACCCGUAUUUCCCUAGGUUUCAUUGUUGCUGCUCUGGCCAUGGUGUACGCCGCUAUCGUGCAGCACCUGAUCUACUCAGCCGGUCCCUGCUACGACUCACCUCUCUGUGCAGCCUCCGAGAUUGAUGGGGUCGCCUAUGGUAACAAUGUGCACAUUGCCAUCCAGACCCCAGCUUAUAUGUUGAUUGGUCUCUCUGAGAUCUUUGCUUCCGUCUCAGGUCUGGAGUACGCCUACACCAAGGCCCCACCCUCGAUGAAGUCGUUCGUGCAGUCUAUGUACCUGCUUACAAACGCCUUCGGCUCUGCAUUGGCCGAGGCUCUCACUCCUGCUGCCUUUGACCCAGCCAUUCUAUGGAUGUUUGUCGGUCUGGCAUGUGCUUCUUUCCUCGUUGGUAUCGUCUUCUACAUUAUCUUCCGCCACCUUAAUGCACAGGAGGAUGAUAUGAACGCUCUUGAUGCUGAUGACUGGAUGCCCGAGGCCCCUCGUGAAGAGGCGCGCCGUGAGUCGGUCAAACACUAA